AAGCCAGCUGUUCCAUAUUAUUGCCAUUCACGCAAAAAUAAAUAACAAUCUUGCUGCAGUUUUUGCAGCAAAGGAAAACAUUUAAAAUAAAUAGUUCAUAAUGGAUGAAUUGCUCACACACUGCCGCACUUGUGGUACAACAAUAAACAAAGAAUUUGAUGUCAAUCUAUUUGAAGAAUCGAAUUUCCAAUUAGUAGCAUUAAUUCAAGACAUUGCCGACAUGUGGAUGGAAUAUGACAACAUUUUGCCGGAUUUCAUUUGUUUACGCUGUAAAACUAUUUUGGACCAAAUACUUCAAUUCCGUUCAAUUUGUCAAAGAACUCAUCGAAAACUAUUGGCGGCUAUAAAAGAUUUAAAUAAACGCAACGAGCUAAACCAUGACUAUGAAUCGAAUCCAAAUGUAGGUGACGAAGACUCUCAACAUAAUGAGAGCAGUGAAGAAUAUGAGAUAAUACAAGAGUCCGACAUCGAAGAAGAAGUACCUGAAACAACUAAAUCAGACGUAAUUUAUGUUGAAAAUACGAUAAAGUCAAAAGCUAAGAGGCGAGAUAAUCGCCAUUUAAAGUCCUGGAUUUGUGAUCAAUGUGGCGGAGUAUUCAAAUCAUCCACAUACUUGAAACUGCAUUUAUUACGACACACCGAUCAAAAGAAAUUCGAAUGUGAUAUCUGUAAAAGAAGAUACUAUACACAAAACGAAAUGCUGCGCCAUAAAAUACUGCAUACAAAUGCGAGGCCUUAUGCAUGUCGUUAUUGUGACAAAACAUUUCGUGGCACGAGCAGCAAAGCAGUACAUGAAAGAACUCAUACAAACGAGCGGCCAUUUGAUUGCCGGUAUUGUGAUAAAUCCUUCAGAUCGACAUCAGUUCGAAAAAUGCACGAGGGAGUGCAUUUAAAUAAUCGCAAAUUUCAGUAAGAAAACUGUGUUAAUAUAUUAAU